AUGCAUGCUAGGACGAUGGGGUACAAAGUUGUCUUCACAGAUCACUCACUUUAUGGUUUUGCUGAUGCUGGAAGCAUUCACAUGAAUAAGGUGCUGCAGUUUACUCUUGCAGAUAUUGAUCAGGCAAUAUGUGUCUCUCAUACAAGCAAAGAGAACACUGUCUUGAGGUCUGGGAUAUCUCCAGAGAAGGUUUUCAUGGUUCCUAAUGCAGUUGAUACUGCAAUGUUUACUCCCUCCCCCAAGCGCUUAAGCUGUGAUGAAAUAGUUAUUGUUGUGAUCAGUAGAUUAGUAUACCGAAAAGGUGCCGACCUUCUUGUUGAAGUCAUUCCAGAAUUGUGUCGUCUAUUUCCAAAGGUUAAGCUUAUUGUUGGUGGUGAUGGUCCAAAACGUGUGCGCCUUGAAGAAAUGAGGGAGAAGUUCUCCCUUCAGGAUAGAGUUGAGAUGUUAGGAGCUGUACCUCAUGCUCAGGUGCGAUCGGUUCUGAUAUCUGGACAUAUAUUUUUGAACAGUUCACUUACAGAGGCAUUUUGCAUAGCCAUUCUAGAAGCAGCAAGCUGUGGACUGUUGACAGUGAGCACAAGAGUCGGUGGUGUCCCUGAGGUUCUUCCAGAUGACAUGAUAGUACUUGCAGAACCAGCUCCUGGAGAUAUGGUAAGAGCUGUCAAGAAAGCCAUCGACAUGCUACCUGGCAUAGACCCCCAAAUUAUGCAUCUUCGGAUGAAAAAACUUUAUAGUUGGGAUGAUGUGGCCAAAAGAACUAAGAUUGUUUAUGAUCGUACAAUGCAGUUUCCAACAACAAAUUUACUAGAUCGCCUUCCCCGAUAUCUUACUUGUGGAUCUUGGGCUGGAAAACUGUUUUGCCUAGUUAUGAUCAUCAAUUACCUACUAUGGCGCCUUUUAGAAUUCCUACAGCCUGCUGAAGGUAUUGAAGAAGUCCCAGAUAUAGGGCCACUACAUGCUCAUUUAAGUUCAAAGAAUGAUUUUUGUGAGGCCCAAGAGAAGUGA